AUGUUUUUUUUCCCAACAAUCCACCCUCCUUUGACGUUCCCCGGUCACAGAACGGACACAACAUCUACAACCUCUCUUGGAUCAACGUCGACGACUCACACAUUUUCGACCGUUACCAAUGGUACCUCAACGAAUACAAUCGAACCCGACGGAAUUUUCAAUGGAAAAAUCAUCGCUGUCGGAAUAGCGGCCCCAGUUUCGGUUAUAAUAGUGGUCAUGCUCGCAAUCCUCAUUUACAAAAGACGAGUUCGAAUAACCUCCUUCUGGGUUGACUUACGGAGAGUGCUUGUUUUGCAUUGCUGUGAUAAUGAAGAAGAACGCGACCUCGAAUUGCAAAACAGACGCGCAGACGAAGAACGAAUGAUUCUGAAUGAAAGACGGCAAAAGAAAGACGGACGGAAACCGACUGUGGAUAGCAACACGCAGACAGAACAGCAAGAAGAUGACAAAGAGGACAAGAAGGACGAAUGGAGGUGCCCUCAAGUAUCCUGGCAAGAAUGGAUCGACAGUUGGUGA